CUUCAAACAUACAGUAGUCAUUUAUCAUAUCAUCUGAGCCUUAUCUUUCUUCUCAAUUAUUUAUUUAUUUAUUUUUAGAAUGGUGAAUCAUCAAUUGUUUCUUUUGCUCACUCUAAUUUUAUCUAUCCUAGUGUUUCAAUCAGAAUCAAGGGUUAAAGCAAAGGCACCGUUUGGUUUCAGUCUUGAACUUAUUCAUCGUGAUUCACCACUAUCUCCCUUCUAUAAUGCUUCUCUAAACUCCUCAGAGAUCUUAACAAAAAAUGCCAUUCAUUCAAUGGAACGAUUCAAACACUUCCAGUCUUUGAUCAACCAAAAGGUGGUCCAAUCCAUCGUGUUUCCAACUGAAAACUCUUAUCUGACGAAACUCUCCUUUGGAACCCCACCUGUUGAAUACUUCGCCAUUGUAGAUACUGGAAGUGACCUUACUUGGAUACAAUGUGUUCCAUGUACUAAAUGUUAUAAUUCUCAAGGCUCAUCUCUUUUUGAUCCUCAAGCAUCUUCAACUUACAAAGCCUUUUCAUGUGAUUCACAGACUUGUCGAGCUUUUGGCGGAGAACAAUGCUUGAAGACCAAUGAUUGUCAAUACCAUGUUACCUAUGGAGAUAUGUCAAGCACCAUAGGAAUCUUGAGUUCCGAUACUUUGAGCUUCGAUUCCAUAAAUGGUCAGAAAACCACAUUCUCCACGUCUAUAUUUGGUUGUGGACGUAAUAAUCAAGUUCAACUUGGAAACCUCGGGAUUGCUGGAAUUGUUGGUCUAGGAGGAGGGCCUUUUUCAUUAGUUUCUCAGAUAGGUCCUCAUAUUGAUCAUAGAUUCUCAUAUUGUUUUGUUCCACGUUUCGCAAAAGCUAGUGGUAAACUAAUCUUCGGGCAAGAAUCAAUAAUCUCUCACCCUAAAGCUGUUUCAACUCCUCUUGUGUCCAAUUACCCUCAAACAUUCUAUUACCUUACUCUAAACGGUGUUAGCAUUGGGGACAAGACUGCGCAUCCAUCCUCAAGCCAAGGGAAUGUCUUGAUUGAUUCUGGAGUAACAUUGACGCUCUUGGAACCAGAUUUGUAUAGCAGAGUAGAGGCUAUGGUAAAAGAAGCCAUUGGAAAAGAGCCGGUGCAAGACCCUUCGGGCACAUUUAAAUUGUGUUAUGGGGCUGACACUAACAUCAAUGUUCCGGAAAUGGUGUUCCAUUUCAGUGGUGCUGACGUUCGGUUGCAACCUGUCAACACAUUUAUGGUUAAUGGGGACUUGGUUUGUAUGGUGGUAGUCCCAAACAGUGUUAACACCUUUUCUGUCUUUGGAAACUACGCACAAAUAAAUUUCCAGGUGGAGUAUGAUCUUCAAAAGAGGGUUGUCUCUUUUGCGCCAACAGAUUGUACCCAGAUAUAGAUUUGCUGCUUUAUUAAUUAUAUAUAUUAAUAAAGGUGGUUGAUCAUACUGGUAAUAUGAAACUACUUCAAAUAAAGAUGAUGUUAUGGUCAGUUAUUGCUGAAGUUAAAGAUUUUCCAUUGGACCAAUUUCAUAGGUUCGAAAUUGGUUUGGUUUGAGUUGUUUUUAUUAUAAAAGUUGUUAUUACGGAUGUGAUUGAAAUAUUUGGGGAUGAAUGACAAUUAUAA